GCGGAAGAGUAGAGGGGAAGCAGUUUUUUUUACAGUAUUUGUUCUGCGUAAUCUGUCAGACAUAACUGGAACCGGCUACUGAAGGAUACAAUGAGAGUUAAGGAAGUUGCUGGAGCUUUUGGUGUGGCGAUAAGUUAAAGCCAGAGGCACAAAUGACCGAAACAAACGUCCAGCAUUCCGAGCGCGUCUGUCUGGUGAGCAGUCAGUGUGAGCUGUUGGGAAAUUGUAUGGACCCUGGGAUGGCAGUUUUGGCAGGUGUAGAGCCUGGAAAAAAGACAGAUGAAGGGAGGCUGUCCUGGCCUGUUUUCCUGCUGACCCUAGCUGCCGUCACAUCCUCCCUUUCUGCUCUGUCUCUGUACCAACUGGUGGCCCUCAGAGCCGAAGUAGAGGGACUCAAAUCUGAGGUUUAUCGCAGGAGAGAAGAAGGACAAGAGGCCAGGCAUGGAAGCCAGACUGAUAAUAUUAGUAGGAGAAACAGCCAUGAGUCCAUGCAUCAACCUGGGUCUCCCCUGCUGAGGAGGAGAAGAUUAGUCUCUGGUUCAGAGACAUUAGUAACUCAGCCUUGCCUGCAGUUGUUGGCAAACAAUAACAGGAGAACCUUUUCGAAAGAACAUGACUCGGAGCCACACACAGGGAUCCCCUGGCAGACUGGACUGAAGAGAGGCUCUGCACUGGAGGAAGAUGGAGACACCAUAUUAGUCAGAGAGGAGGGAUUCUACUUUGUGUACAGUCAGGUCUACUACAUAGACAGCACCUUUGCAAUGGGUCACGUGGUGAUCCGCAGGAAGAGGAAUGUGGUGGGAGACGAGCCUCAGUAUGUGAUCUUGUUCCGCUGCAUCCAGAACAUGAACCCUGUGCACGCUUACAACACCUGCUUCACCGGAGGUAUUGUAAAGCUGGAGGUCAGGGACCACCUGGAGCUGCUGAUCCCUCGUUCAACCGCCAACGUGUCCCUGUCUGGAGAAUCCACCUUCCUGGGUGCUGUCAAACUGACUUAAAUUGUGACAACCACAAUGUGCACCUGGAGAUGCUGUUGUGGCAGGAAAGGGGUACCAUCAAAGUAACAAGGCACAGUUCUAGUGACCUCGUCUGACUGAGACAAUAUGUGAGGUGAGGUGAGGUGAAGAAUAAGGAAGCAACCGUUUUCUGCAUUGGCUGAACAAUAGACGUGUCACUCAUUGUGUGUUCAGCCUGACGGGACAUGAAGAGGACUGAGUCACAUAACAUAUAGUCUUUACUCGUUCAAAAAUACAUACACCUAGCUUCAUCAGUAUGGUAAUUUCGACAACACAACAGGGAAAAGGUGUUGUAAAAAGUACUUUUUCUUUAAAUAUUCACACAUGGCAAUAUCUGCAUUAUAAUUGUUGUAUCAUUCUCAUACUGUUUAGUUCAUUUAUCUACUCCUGUAGUGCAUUACUGAAAUAGUUAUUUCCAUCUGCUUUGUUAUUACAGAUAUGUAAUCAUAAACAACAGUUAUUAACUAUAUGUCUACUCAAAAAUUCCGAUGCAAUAAAGAAAGAGUUCUUGCACAAGCCAUGACAUCAUCUGGAAUCUGGGUGGGUGUUGUUCCUCUGCUGGCCACAAGGGGGAAAUGUGUUCAGUGUGGCAGAUCAUCCUGCCAGGCAGCAGAGAGACAAGUGUGGCUCAGGUUGAGCAGGAAAUGUAGAACUUGGAUAAAGUGUCUAUUUUUAGAUUGAGAUAAACUGUACAGGCAGAUGAUGUCUGCACAUUCAUAGGAGAUGCUGCUCAAUGCAUUUGUAAUGCCUGCGGAGCCUGGAGGUAAUAGUGAAAUGGUGUUAAUGGAUUAAUCUUCAUGUUAAGCUUUAGGAAGAGGGAGGGAGAGUCUGAGGCAGGAUCCAGACACAUUUUGAUCAAUGGCAAAAUGCACAAGAGACAUUACUCCCCAACCCAAUAUUUGUAUGGUAUAAUUUUCUUCUUUCACUCAUCCUCUGAUAAUGCUACUGGCUUACCGCAUGUGCUAAGAGCAAAAACCAAACUGUUACAUCACGAAAAAAACAAAACAAAUUUAGUCAUAGACCUUUCUUUAAAAUGUAGAUCGUGGCAUUAUUGAAGGUUUGUUUUAUUUUUGGUUUCUUCCAUUUAUCCCAAUCUUGUUUUGUUAUUAAAGUAGCCUAGUCAUGUUGA